AUGGGAGAUGUCUAUAAGACUGCAGGGCUCCCCAAGUUCCUUCCACCUCCAGGCCAUCACUGGCAUGAGAAGGCAGACGCGUGGGGCUGCCGCCGCACAAGCGCGCUGAGCAUGGGCGGGGCACGGGCAUAGGAGCCGCUGGCGCCACCGUGCCGCCCCAUCAAUGCCACCCUGGCUGCCAGAAGCGAGGCCUGCCCGCGGUGCAUCACCGCCAACACCACCAUCUGUGCCGGCUACUGCCCCACCAUGAUGCGGGAAAGCGUGGCAUGUCAUGGCCAGUGCCCCCAGGUGGUGUGUACUCACCGCGAGGUGCUCGACUCCAUCCGGCUCCCUGGCUGCCCGCCUGGCGUGACCCCGUGGGUCUCCAUUCCUGUGGCUCUCAGCUGUCGCUGUGGACUCUGCCGCCGCAGCACUUUGUGGGGUCCUAAGACACCUUUGACCUGUGAUGACUCCCACCCCAGGCCUCUCACAAAGGACCUCCCGCCUCCAAGUCCAUCCCGACUCCUGGAACUAGCAGUGUGCCAAUUGAGUCCCAACCUCACCCUCGACAUUACCCCCAUUUCUGGCCCUGAGUGGGACCUUCUGUCCCCCCACCGAGUGGUGGUCCUGUCACCCAGGGUGCUCUGCUAG